AGGUGAUCAGCUGUCUAGCCCUAUGGAGCUGAGUACUAAAAUAAAGUCCCCCGUGAGAUGCAAUACUGUGGAAAACCAGAGAUUGCGCUGGGAAAGAAAAUGGAGCAGGACAGCCAAAGAGCUUGUAGAAACAGAACAGAGGUACUCUGAGCAGCUGGAAUUGAUCAAAAGUUAUUUCAUAGAUAUUUUGAAAGCCAAAGGAACUUUGAAGGAGGACACAAGAAAAGCAGUGUUUGGUUCACUGGAAUCUAUUUGCUUAGUUAAUCAAACAUUACUAGUUUACCUUGAAGAAGGUAAAUUUGGGAUAGGCUUUGAAGAGUUCUGUCCUCACCUCCAUCUCUAUGCUAGCUAUGCUGAAAACAUGGAAUACGCUGUCAAAGUCCUUCAGGAACAAAUAAGGAAAAAUAAAGCAUUUGUGAGGUUUAAAAAGCUGCAAGAGUCCAGACCUGAAUUUAUGGGUAUGAAACUAGAAGACUUGCUUCCCUUACCCAUGCAGCGUAUUUAUAAAUAUAAACACUUCCUGGAAGAUCUGACAGCAAACACAAGCCCUGAUAGUACUGAAUUCAAGCAGCUCACAAAGGCAGUGAAUGCUGUAUAUGAAGUCUCUCAGCACAUACAGGACCGCGCUCGAAGCCAUGAAAAUUACCUGCAGAUGCUAAGGGUACAGAAAUUGCUGAAAGGACGCAAGACCAAGGUGUUGGCUUCAGGACGGUGGUUUUUAAAAGAAGGCUGGCUUACAGUUGUUCCCCACAAAGGCGAGGAAGUAAAGCAUCGAAUGUGCUUCUUGUUUUCAGAUAUAUUACUGUUGGCAAAACCUUGCCACUCUCUGCACCCACUGCAUGCAGGAAAAUUUGAUUGCCAGUCUGUUUACCCACUCAUUGAAUGUCGAGUUGAAAAAGUUUUUGGACAUACUAGGAGUCAAGGAGGACUUAUUAGUUUAACCUUUGAGCGAGAGAAACUACUGCUGAUGUCAAAUGACCAGGGGAACGUUAAUGACUGGUACCGGUGCCUGUCUGCUGCCAUUGGGCAGCUGAAAUCCAGGAUUACAGUUGUGCAUAAGAAACACAAUCAGGGAGGAAGAGCUCAGCAAUACAAAGACGCAAUCACCUCCUUGGAGACAAUUUCUGAUGCUUCUCAAAACAGAAAAAAACAAAACCUGAGACAAAAAAGAGACAAGUCAGAAAACUCAAACUCCCAAUGUUCAUCUUUUGAAAAUGAAAGCCAUGUAUCCAAGAGAAGAAAACUGACAGAAAAUCCAUCUGAAAGAUUUUUGGAAAGACAGAACACACAUGAAGUGGAAAGUAGUGCGUGCACUAUUUUGUGACAUUUGAAAAUUUCUUGAACAUGAAGAACAGACAAUUCACUUUUGUCAUCUAUCACAUUAUAUCCACUUUAGUGGGAAUAUAUAACAUUUAUUUUUCUCAGAGGUAGUACUCUGGAAUAAGAGCUUAUAGAUUUCUUAUGUUGUAUCUGAUUGGGAAAUUUGUAUAACUUGUUCUGUUGUAAAACGUGGAGGAAUUUAUUUUCCUGUUUGACCUGGAGAAAUGUGGUUUUAUCUUUUUCAAAAGCUAGAUGGCCCAACAAAUCCUAACACUUCUUCCGUUAACUACUUACUGUUAUUGUAGGCAAAGAUCAAAAUCAUCUUACCCCCCCCCCCCCCCCAUACACACAGUUAUACUGACACAGUGUGGACUGAGUAAGAUAUGCAUUAUGUUUUCUUUUUGUUGUUUCUUCAGAGAAUAUUUUAACUGGUUAUUUUCUGAAAAUGCAUGCAACCAUGCAAGAAGUAAUUGCUUAACUCUUUUGCAGCCCUCCCCCAGAAGAGUGAAUAAGAUGAGCACAUUUUAUCUUGUUCUCUUUUCUGUUACUUUAUUGUUCCUUGCCAGUGGACAAAACACAGACAUCACUCUGCAAGCAUUGCUAGUAAAGUACCAUUUAAGAUUAUAUAAUGUGUGCUAACAAUUCUAUUUCAAAACCGUUUGAUGGUAUUCUUCACUUACAUUUCAGCUUGUUUAAUUUAAAAUUAAAGUAUUAUAGGUUAUAGGUUCAUAAGUAAGUACUAGGCUAGUUGCACUUGUGUGCCAUUUUAAGCCCAGCCAGUUUCCCUUUUUGAGAUCAAAGUAACCUAUCCCAUGUGGUUAUAAAUUGUUAUUGUAUAUCCCAUGGUUGAUAACUAUAUAGUACCCCUAAUGACUAAUUGAGAUCAUACCACAGGUAAUUUGAGGGGACUCAUGCAUGGAAUAAAGUAUUAUUAUUGUUGGUCGAGUAGUAGUAUUUCUAUUGCUAUUAGAAGAAAAAGAAAAUGCUGUACAACAGUCUUGCACACUGACGUUCUGCUUUAUAGAAUGGUUGAUGAUUAUAUGAACUUAAAGGUAGUCUAUAUGAAGAUAACUGCCAUUAUAAUGGCAAGAUAAGAUAGCUGUUUUAACGUAUAUUUUUCUGUGCCAUAUAUUUAUAUUCAUAAGUUUUGGGAAAAAAUCAAACAUUAACUGUAGAAAUAGCAAUUAAAAAUGACCAGGAAUCAGACCAAAUUGUU